CCCAAGGCCUUUUCCACGAUACCAAUGCUCCCCAGGGAGAGUUCAGGAUACCCACGUCCCACCCGUGGGCCAUCAACAAGCACAUCCUUGCGAAGGACGCGAAGAGCAGAACCCGAGCUUUCUCAUUGCAGCAUCGAUGGAGGACUUCCCGACAAGCUUCCAAGACCAUGGAUGGGCAUCGAUUCUGAGGCAGUUUAUGGCGCCAUUGAAGAGGAAGGCCCAGUGGAAUGCACACCGACCAGUCCAAGCAAGAGCCCCACCAGCCCCAGCAGCCCGGAACGAAGUGUGGCCCGAGAGCAGAACGCAGCGAGACAGUUCCUUUGGACGACCAUGGAUUCGGUGAUGCUGCGGCCAUGUGAAGUGGCCAACAGCCUCCCAAUACCUUUGGCGGCUGUUUUGACGCCUUUUGCAGACAGUGCUGACUUCACUUCUUUGCCUUUGUCAGACAUUGGCUCCGAAGAACCUUUAAGGUGUCCUCGUUGUAGGUGCUAUGCAAAUCCACAUUUCAAAUGGAGUGCGAAGGAAAGUCGGAAGUUCACAUGCAACAUGUGCAGUCAUAGCCUGGAUGUUCCUCAGAAGUUUCUGGACGACAUGGAACGCAAUGGCCAGUGUGCGGACGCGGACACCCAUCCAGAGCUGGUCUAUGGCUCCGUGGAUUUCACGGCCAGAGCCUUGCUGGAACCCGACCUGCCGGGACCCUUCGUGCCCUCGGUGUGCUUCGCCAUCGAGACGUCGCCAAAUGCCAUCGAGCGGGGCUUCAGCUGGGCUGCACUGGAAGCACUGGAGAAGGUCUUCCAGGCGCCACACUCUUUAGAGAGAGAUGUAUACCUCGUGACCUUCGACGAAGCUGUCACAUUCUACGUGCCCACCAGCCAUGGGCGCUUCCGGGCAGUGGUGAUGCCUGACAUGGAGGAACCAUUUGUCCCCGUCAGCCCAGAGUCGCUUGGCGUGCAUGUGGCAGAUCCCGAGGGAAAGGAGAUGUUUUUGCAGCUGCUGUCCACCUUAAAGGACGAUGUGGCUGAACGGGCCGCCGACGCGCCGCCUGGCCAGCUUGGACAGGAGGCCAAGAUCGAUCCCUUCCACCUGGCGGACGUCCAAGACGUGGCCAGCUCCAGUGUCUUGCGGACCGGCGUCCAAACACUGGCAGCCUUGGGUGGUGGCGAUUUGGUCCUUUUCCAGGCGACGGUGCCUGCUUCAGCCUGGGGUCCAGAUGAUUCCGCGCCGGAGGAUGACGACGUGCUGUCACCGAAGACGCCAAUUUCACCCAAGACACCCAAGACACCCAUGAAGUCGCCCAUUGCCCUGAAGAAGCGAAAACGCACCUUCUUAGAAGAGAUGCAUCGGAGUUGCUGUCGAACAGGUGUAGCCGUGUCAGCAGUGACAGCCACUGUAGACGGAGACGCUUCAAGAUUGCAUUGGCUUCCAUGGCGCACUGGUGGCGAUGUGCUCCACUUGCCGAACUUUGCUGCCACAGCUACACCUAGCAUUUCCAGCCAGUUGCAGCACUGGAUGCAGAAGAUGCAAGGCAGUGCCUACAACUGCGUGGUAAAACUCCGUUGCAGUAAAGGCUUGAGUUGCAGGGCUUUGUUGGCACCCUGGCCGGCAGCUGCAUCCUCUGAGGACCACAGUGCCUUUGAGGUACCACGUUUGUCUCCAGACAUGUCCGUGACCUUCUCUUUGGUACCAGAAAUUGAGCCGGACCCCGACGAGGA